AUGGACCGCAUAGACGACACCAAGGAACCCGUCGAGAACCUGGCCAAGAAGGCUGUCAAGAAGGCUGCCUCUGAAGAAGUCAAGGAAAAGAAGGACAAAAAAGACAGAAAGCGCAAAGCACAAGAGGAGGACGAAGAAGACCAGUCCGACGACGUCCCUGCACCUGCCGACGAUGAAGACGAUGCCAAAGCACCAAAGUCUUUCCGCGAUCUUGGAAUUAUCGAUGCUCUGGCCGAAUCAUGUGAAGCCAUGAACUUCACCAAACCUACACCAAUCCAGGCAGAAUCUAUUCCGCUUGCCCUUCAAGGAAGGGACAUCAUCGGUCUCGCCGAGACUGGUUCAGGAAAGACGGCUGCAUUCGCCUUGCCCAUUCUACAAGCUUUGAUGGAAACUCCCUCGUCUUUGUUCGGUCUUGUUCUGGCUCCAACAAGAGAACUUGCCUACCAGAUCAGCAAACAAUUCGAGGCCUUGGGGUCCCUGAUUGGUGUCAAGUGUGCUGUCAUUGUUGGAGGUAUGGAUAUGGUUCCUCAAGCUAUUGCUCUCGGAAAGAAGCCUCAUAUUAUUGUUGCCACUCCUGGACGUCUGCUCGAUCAUCUCGAGAACACAAAGGGAUUUUCUCUGCGCACUCUCAAGUAUCUGGUUAUGGACGAAGCCGAUAGACUUUUGGAUCUCGACUUUGGUCCUAUCCUUGAUAAAAUUUUGAAAGUCAUCCCGAAAGAAAGACGCACCUACCUCUUCUCCGCUACCAUGUCCUCCAAGGUUGAGUCUCUGCAACGAGCUUCGCUUUCGAACCCUAUGAAAGUUAGCAUUUCCUCUUCCAGCUACCAGACUGUCAGCACCUUGAUCCAAUCAUAUCUUUUCAUCCCCCACAAGUUCAAGGAUAUCUACCUGGUCUAUAUUCUCAACGAGUUCGCCGGUCAAAGCACUGUCUUGUUCACUCGCACUGUCAACGAGACGCAACGAUUGGCAUACCUACUGCGAGCUCUUGGAUUCGGCGCCAUUCCUCUGCACGGACAACUCUCUCAAUCAGCACGUCUGGGCGCUCUGUCAAAGUUCAGAGCUGGAAGCCGUGAUAUCCUGGUAGCCACCGAUGUCGCAGCCCGUGGUCUAGAUAUUCCUUCAGUCGAUCUGGUCCUGAACUUCGAUCUUCCUCCGGACAGCAAGACUUACGUCCAUAGAGUUGGUCGUACCGCUCGUGCUGGCAAAGCAGGAAGAGCUGUUUCUUUUGUCACACAAUACGAUGUCGAGGUCUACCAAAGGAUAGAAAAGGCUUUGGCCAAGAAGUUGCCUGAGCACGAUGCUCCUCGAGAUCAGGUCAUGGUCUUUGCCGAAAAGGUGUCCGAGGCUCAACGCGUGGCUGUCAGAGAAAUGAAGGAUCUGCAUGAGAAGGCGAAGAGUGGUGGCAGAGGUGGACCUAGAGGAAAGGGCAAGAGAGAUGCCAUGGACAGAGACGAGGGAUAA